AUGUAUAAGCUGACAGUAAAACUUAAGCGUUUGAAGCAAAUUCUUAAGUGCAUUAAUAUAGAAGGAUUUCAUGAUAUUCACAAAGCAGAAAUGAUUGCUAAGGAGGAGCUGGUGGUUUUGCAGGAAAAAGUGAAUAAAGAUCCCCAGGAUUCUCGUUUACUGAUUGAGGAACAAUUGGCUCGGGACAAAUAUGCUAAAGUAUACAAGGCUUAUUCUCUCUUCUUAGCUCAGAAAGCAAAAAUUUCUUGGGCUAAAAAUGGUGAUGAAAACACAGCAAUCUUUCAUGCUUCUCUGAGGGAAGCUUUUUUACAGUAUUAUCAGCAGCUCCUUGGCUCUGAGAUGCAGAACAGGCACCGGGUGAAGAAAUGUAUUAUCAAUCUUGGGCCAAAAAUUUCUGAGUUGCAUUCCAGCAGACUUGAAACCGAGUACACAGCUCAGGAGAUCAUAGAAGCUAUAUUUUCUAUCCCUGGUUUGAAGGCUCCAGGCCCGGAUGGAAGAAUUCUUAAGGCAAUUAAUACGACUACCAUUACACUUAUUCCUAAGAGCAGUUGUCCGCGAAGUGGGGGUUUUGUACAUGGAAGAUACAUUGCCCAUAAUAUCAUGGUGUGUCGGGAUUUGGUGAGAUUAUAUGGGCGAAGCAAUUGCAAAUCUAGCUGUAUGAUAAAGAUUGACUUAAGGAAAGCAUAUGACACAAUAGAAUGGGGGUUCAUUGAAGAGAUGCUCAAGGCUUUUGAUUUUCCUCAAACUUUUUCAGAUUUAAUAAUGGCGUGUGUAACAACUCCCAUGUUUUCCUUGCUCCUCAAUGGUUCGUUACAGGGGUUCUUUGCAUCAAAAAGAGGACUUAGACAAGGGGAUCCCAUCUCCCCCUUGUUGUUUGUUCUUGGUUUGGAAUACUUGUCCCGAAUUAUGUGUAAGGUGGGAUCUUUACCUGGGUUCAAGUACCAUAAUAAAUGCUCAAAUUUGAAGUUGAAUCACUUAUGUUUUCCAGACAAUCUGCUUAUUUUUUGCAAUGGAGAUUUUGUUUCAAUUAUGCUUAUGUUGAGGGGCUUGAAGUUAUUCUCUUCUUCUUCGGGUUUGCUCCCUAACUCUGAGAAAUCUGCAAUUACUAUCAUGGAAUGCCUAAUGCUGUAG